AUGGCCAACAGAAGGGAAAACCCCAACUUCAAUUUAUUUCGAUGCAAAGUCGGCGGAGAAUGGAAGCCUCUCGAGGAGUUUUCCAAAAACCAACAACGCCUCGCUCUAAGCAGCCAGACUGGCCGAUCUCGCAUCAAUGCAGCCAACUCGGGAAUGACUUGCCGAGAGCACUCAGCUGGCCAGCGCACAGAGAUGACGUGCGAGUUGUGCGGCCUUGUUAAGCCUUUGUCUGAGUUUAGCGGCAAUACCAAGAGAAGUGGUAGUAUUAGCUGCAAGAGAUGCACCGCUUGGGUCGAAACCCAGGAGCCAGAGGUUGUACCCGCUCCUCUUGAGACUGGCCACAUCUCGAUUGAAGAGGAGCGUGGAGAAGCGUGGCCCGCUAGAUUCAUCGACAGCACUGAUUUCUUCUCUGAUGAUGCCUAUCCCCAGGCUCCUGUCACUGGAUAUUCAUCGCUUGGCUUGGAAGAUGGCGAAGUAGCGUCCAUUAUGGACGGAAGUGCUCCUUCCGAGUACUCUGCCUCCGAGGCAUCGUCGAGCCGGGCACUCCCUCCCCAUCUGCGUGGCUCCAUUGGCCAAGAUAGACACUCUCUGGCCACUUCCACCGAUGGACGGAGUGCUUCCAACAAGUCCUCGUUUGUACAACACCUCCCUCCUCAUCUCAGGCCUCUGGUACAGCAAGGCCUCUCCAUGGACGCUCCGUCCGACGCCGCCAGUAGCGAAUUCGGUGGAAACCCAAGCAGUAUCUCGACAGCUACAACAGCGAGGGAAGCACGAUUCGAGAAGCAAGCGCGCCGAGUGUCCUUUAAUGCCUGGGAUCCAAAUGGAAUGCAACAUCGAGGCUUCAGAUCGGCCACGGAAAGCUCGGCCAUGGGAACCUCGGAGGCGGAUGAAGAAGAAGACAGUUUGCCAAACCCGCCAAGCCAGGCCAGAGGCAAAUGGCCAAAAGUUGUACGCAUGUCCCAGCAGGAGUUGCGCCAGGUCGGCACAAACCACCAUGUUGCGGCUCGAGAUCCCGGCCCUGUGAAUCAUCGCCCGGUGCAACACGACACGACCAAGUGCUGUGAGCCGGACGAUGAAGAUGGCGAGGAUUACUAG